CUGAGAGGCCUGAGGGGCGCGGAGGCACGGCGGGGAGGGAGACGGCAGCAGCAUGGCGGCUGGGUACGAGCCGCUCUACCCUCCUUUUCCUCGCUGUCGUCGCCGCCGCCGCCGAGGUCGCCGGGACCCCUUAGUCUGCGUGUGUUAGUCGUAAGCCCGCCACCCACGCACUAGUCCUCCAGCCCACCGGCUCUCCUUUCGCCGCCACUGCCAGCCCGAGGGUCAGGUCGGCCGGGUAACUUGCCCUCCCACCCACCCACCAGUCCGCGGGCAGGGACCAUGGAGGACGUGAAGCUGGAGUUCCCCUCUCUCCCACAGUGCAAAGAAGACGCCGAGGAGUGGACCUAUCCUAUGAGACGAGAGAUGCAGGAAAUUUUACCUGGAUUGUUUUUAGGCCCAUAUUCUUCUGCCAUGAAAAGCAAGCUACCCAUACUACAGAAACAUGGAAUAACCCACAUAAUAUGCAUAAGACAAAAUAUUGAAGCAAACUUUAUUAAACCAAACUUUCAACAAUUAUUUAGAUAUUUAGUCUUGGAUAUUGCAGAUAAUCCGGUUGAAAAUAUAAUACGUUUUUUCCCAAUGACUAAAGAGUUUAUUGACGGGAGCUUACAAACUGGAGGAAAAGUUCUUGUCCAUGGAAAUGCUGGGAUCUCUAGGAGUGCUGCCUUUGUUAUUGCAUACAUUAUGGAAACUUUUGGAAUGAAGUACAGAGAUGCAUUUGCUUAUGUUCAAGAAAGAAGAUUUUGUAUUAACCCUAAUGCUGGAUUUGUCCAUCAACUUCAGGAAUAUGAAGCCAUCUACUUAGCAAAACUGUCAAUACAGAUGAUGUCACCACUGCAGAUAGAAAGGUCAUUAUCUGUUCAUUCUGGCACCACAGGCAGUUUGAAGAGAACACAUGAAGAAGAAGAAGAGUUUGGAAGCAUGCAAGUGGCGACUGCACAGAAUGGCUGAUUCGAGCAACGUUAUAGAGGAUGUGAAUAUCUAUUUGAGAAGGAGAAAAUACUAGAGAAAUAAUAAUGUGAAAUGGUAAAAACACAGGUAGUUUCUUUUCAGUUAUAUGUUGCUUCCAGACAUGUUUCUCUGUAACUUGUCGAGCGACAUUUUAAGAAGAUUUUGGACUUCUACAAUAGAUGGCACUGAUGGUUUUAGUCCCUUUUUUUUUUUUUAAACUUUACAGUUUUAUUAUAAACCAAGAAUUUUGGACUUGCAAAGAGGUAUUAUUGCAAUAAUGCACUUUUCAUACUUGAAAUUUAUUUGUAUGAUAUAGUUAUUACUUUAAACAAAAUGCAAGUUAGGGGGGAUUUGUUUAUAAAAUUUGGGUAAUUUAUAACAAAAGAAUACUAAAUUUUGCUAAAAUUCAUUUUUUGUUCUAUAACAUUUUUAAAAUAAUUUUACAGUUCAGUUUUAUGAUGGAGCUUCUUACAGAAACAUUAAAAUGCAGGAAUCUGCUACAUUUCUUUUUUGGUAUCACUCAAUACCUUAAUUAUCCUUUUUUUUUUUUAAUUCUCUUGAUCCUUUAUUAAUAGUCUUAAAUCAUGACAUUAGCUAAUUUCUCUUACUUUAAUAUGAUCCAAUUAUUGCUUCCUUUUCUAUUACCUUCCUAAUUUGUUUAUUCUAUUUAAAAAAAAGUUUAAUGAACAAAGGAAAAUAUAGUACCAGAUGCUCCAAAAAAGGAUAGUGUUAACUUUCACAUGACUUUCUGUUUUACAUUUCUUUUGGUAAAAGCCAAAUGUUGUAUUUGUUCUUUUCAGAGUCACCUAGUCUUUUUUCUUUGUCCAAAAUGGUUCUAAAUAGAGUAUGAUAUACCAGUGUAGCACUAUUUUCUUUUUCUUAAAUGAAGCCCAGAAAAGUGCCUUGCAUCAUUUUAAAAAAAGAUAAAUCCUCAUGACCUCCAAAUUAAUAUGUAGAACAGUGAAAAGUUCUUAAUGUUCUUCUGUAAUUUUUUUUUAAACCAUAAAUUAGUUAAAACUGAGAGUAUGAGGCUUGAAAACCUCAGUAAAUUAUUUGGAAUAUGGAACGUUUACUUCUGUUCAUUUUAUGUUGUCUUAAUGAUUCUGUGAGGUUGCUCAGACAAAAGCUUUUCUUUAAAGAUGCAUUUAUUGGGAAAGGUGAUUUGUGGGAGACUUUAGUCUGUUUUAAAUUAACUUUAUAAUGAGUUCUUUAAGUUAAUCCAAAUGUCCCCCCAUAAUUUGCAUUAGCAAAGUCACUUUAUGGAUCCUUGGUUCUCCAUGUUUUUAUUUAUACAUAUAACAAUUGUUUUAAGAAAAACAUUUUUUCUAUUUAAGUAUGUGAUGUGAGGGAGGAGAGGAGUGUUUUUAACUUUUUGUAGCUUAUGACUUUAGGGUAGCACAAACAAAACUUCUUUGUAUCUCAGUUUUCAGUCCUCUCUUGAGGUGCUUUACUAAUGGGAAUGAUUUCCAUACAUUCUCUUGGUACCAGGAGGUACUAUGCAAGGUAACUUAUUACACCGAGUUACUUGCUUUCUUUUUCUCCCUUUGAUGUAAUAAUACAGUAAAAGCUUUUUUGUCCAGCAGAGUGGGAGAGUGGAAAUGAAGUAAAAUGCUUUGGUAAUUAAGAGUUAAUUUCUGUGGUAUUCACCACCCUAAAAACAGCAUAUUGUUAAUCCCAUUGUGUCCCAUUGUGGUCCAGUAUUCGGUUGUGUAAUUAGGUCAUUUGGUGUAGUGGUCUAGUGGGGUCAAGAUUUGCAUUGGGUGUUCAGAAAUAUCAGUUGGUAAAGUGCCAGAUAACGCAGCUUUCCUGGGUAUAAUUCACUAUUGGAUAGGUCAGCAAAGAUCUGUCUUACAAGCUAAGAAUCUAUGACAUUUCAUUCUGCAAAACUGUCUGCUUAAAAGAUUCUUCAUAAUAGUAAAUUUAGGUUUUAAAAAUGAGGCAGUUAAGAUUUUUUCUUGUUUCUUAAGUACACAUAUUCUUUUUAGUAGUCUGACCAAAAGUACAGAUUUUGGUUAUUGGUAUUAAUUUACAGCUGAAAAUUUUCCACUUUUUCUAUCCACUAUAAUUUUUACGCUGUCACUAAAGUGCCUGCCCAGCACUGUAUAUUACAGUCUCACAGACACUAGAAAAAGGGACUGGCUUCAUCUUGGUUACAGUGUUAAUGUGGGCAUUACAUAGGGUUUAUUCUUUGUUCCACUGCAAGUUUCUUUUUUCUUGAAUCCAUUCUUCUACCUACUGUUACGUAGUUCUUCUAGUAGCUCUUCAACUGUUUGGUUCCAUUUCUGUGAUUCCUUUGUUUCCACUAAUGUUUUCUGAUAGACAGUUAACCAAGAUACAUUUAACCAAUCAUGAUUUAUUUUCUAGAGUAUUUGAAUAAUGUAUGUAAUCUGGGCACAGAAUUUAAAGUGACAUUGUAUGAAAACAGGAAAACUGCCAUUACUGUCUAUUUCGGAAGUAUGAAUAACUUAAAUACUGAAAAUAUUCUAAUUCUUAAUGGCAGUAUUCUUCUAAUUUCAGCUAAUUGGUUCAUGUUAAUUUCUUACUAGAUGUUUAAACAGCAGUUACUUUUGUUUAUUGGUAUCUACUCCAUGGUGGAAAUGAUAAACCGUGAUAGCAUUUGCUACAAACUCUCAACCACUUAACUUUUAGAGCAGAAUAUUAGUUUUGGGGGAUUUUGUGCUUUGUCUGAGUUUAGAAGUAAUGUCAGAAAAUGUUAAGCAUGUCUUUUUUAAGAAAAUAUAAGAUUUCUAAUUGUCUUAUUACCAUGGAAAUUCAAGUGAGUUACAAGUAUUUAACUGCAGUCUUGAAUUAUAAAGUUGGGAUGUAUAUAUCAGGGUCUCAACUUGAUGUAAAGUAAAUGAGCAGUUACCUGGCGGAUUUUUUUUUUUUAAUAACUGGUUUAAUCCAUAAUUCCAUAACAAACUUCAUUUCAAUAUUUAUAUCUUUGUGUAUUUGACAUUGCUCCAGUAAGGAUAGGAAGUAUCUGAAAAUUAAAAGAUUUUAAUUCUUCUGAUUAGAAAAAGUAAGUUUCUAGGGUCUUUGAAUGCUGGAUUUUUUGUCUUACCCAUCCAUGGCAGCUAAAAAAAAAAAAUCACUCAGAAAUAUUCAGGUUUACAUGUUAGCUCCCUUUCAUAGGGAGUUGUCAUACCUCACAGUUCAAAGUGUAUUCUAUAGAUCAGUAACAUUAUACUGACAUGUAAUUGCAAUUUACUAUGCAGCAAAAUGAUUCAAGAAGAAAAAUAACCUACAGUGUCUAUUUACCUUUGUAUAGGCAAUUGCUUUACUCUGCUUUUAACAAAUAUUUGUAUUUGGAUAAAAUGCUUAUAUGUGUGUGUAGGAAUGUCACAGUGCAAAAUGCUGCUAGCCUCGGCACAAAGUAUUAAAAUUAUUUUGUGAAGAGUGGUGGUUGUAUUAAACUAUUGUGCCAUUAUACCUCAAAAAAUUGAAAAGUUUAUUUAUACUGCUAUGCCUCAGAACUUCUUUACUUAGAUUGUUAACUUCUGGGUUAAAGUAAUCCAGUGUUACUCCCGUGGAUUGAAAAGGAUGAACGAACAUGAGAUAUUGAGAACCACUUAAGAGUAUCCCUCAAAAUAUCGUGGUCACGCACAGAAAAAAUAUCAAUAGUCCAUGUGAAUUAAAAAUUCCACCUUAAGUGUAUUUUGAAGGGUUAGUUGAUCAAGUUUGCGAUCAGAAGUGAGGGAAUCAGGUCCAAAAGAAAGAGUAGGUCAUCCAUAGAACAUCUUUCAGCCCAUUAAAAAAUACUACUUUUUCUUACAGUACCCUCUUUGCCUGUGUUAGCCUACCUAUAUUCUGUUUUUCAUCACAUCUAAGUUGCCAUCACAACUAUACCAUUAUUUUAGAUACCAAUAAAAGGCAAAGUAUUGCUGACUAAACUAUGACAAGCCAUUGAUCAUAAAAUGCAUCCAAGUUUCAAGUGUAAAAAAAUGUGCACCUUAAGAGUCAGUGAAAUACAAAUGUACAAACUAUGAGACAGUAAAAAUCACAACUGCCACUUCAUUAUAUCUUUUCAGAAGCAAACAGUGCUCCAAAAUGUGGUAAAUAUAGUUCAUAUAUUAUGAAAUAAUGUUUUAUGAAGCUUUUUUGUACUUGAGUUUACUCACAAUAUAGCUUAGAAAAUCAUAAACAUACUCUUGUUAACUGAAGUUAAAUAUAUAAGUCACCAUUUUCCUCAGUGACACAAUUUUUAUAUACUGUACCUUAUAAUUCCGUUUCUUGUGGAAAGAAUUUAAGGUAAGACCUUUACACCAUUUAAACGAAUUUAUUGAAAUACCAACCCUUUAAGACAAUUUCAUCUCAAAUUGUUAAGUGGUAACAAAUGUAACAGAGCAUUUAAUUUUGCCUUUUACUAGGCUUUUUUUUAACAUGGGUUUUUAAUUACCAGAAUGUACCUAAUAAAGCCAAGGUUGCAGGACUCCUGAGAAGACAAAACUAGCUUUAUUGUUUUCACUAGAGACCAAAUCAAAACCAAACCCGUUGCUGCUGAGUCAAUUCUGACUCAUAGCAACCAUAAAGGACAGAGUAGAACUGCCCCAUAGGGUUUCCAAGGAGCGGCUGGUGCAUUUGAACUACCGACCUUUUGGUUAGCAGCCAAGCUUCCAACCACUGUGCCACCAAGACUCCCACUAGAGAUUAUCAGAGUUAAUCUGGGAAGCUCAUCAGCAGAUAAGUGUUGUACCAUCUUGGGUGAAGGGUUUCUAUUGUAAAAGUUUUGGAAAGCUGACUUCAGGUGACUGCAUGGAGGGAAAUCUGAAAUCUGGUUAAGUUAGGUAUGAGUCAAAAAGGUAGGAAACAGUUGGUCUUUACUUUCCAAGCUCAUUUUAACAAAGAGUACACAAAACUAAAAUUUAAUGAACUGUGACUCAAGACUCAAGAUAAUAAAAUACUUAAGAAAAGCACAGACCACAUUAGGAUUCUAACAAAAUCAUGAACAGAUUUAAUGUAACAUGGAAUGCAAAAGAUUAGAACCAUUAAUGAAGUAUCUCAUUCUUUUUUCAACUUAAAAAAAUAAUUAAAAUAAAUAAAAUCAAAUAGGGUGGUGACCAGAAUAACAUAUUAAAUACAAAAGCUUCCAACAGCAUUUUAAGAAUACGACAAAUACAGUGUGAUGUGUUUUUAGAUAUUCACUUAAUUUUGUAAUACUCCAUUUUUCAUAAAAAUAUUACUUCAGAAGAGACUUGAUACCCAUGAAAGAUGAGAAAUCAGGUGAGAAGUAUAUCCCAGGAUUUGCUAAUUCACUGUUAAAUAGUACCUUCCAAAACCUGUUGCCACCAAGUUGAUUCUGACUCCUAGCAACCCUACAGGACAGAGUAGAACUGCCCAAUAGGGUUUCCCAAGUGGUAAAUCUUUAAAGAAGUAGACUGCCACAUCUUUCUCACGCAAAGGAGCUAGUGCCUUUGAACUGCCAACCUUUCAGUUAGCUGCUGAGUGCUUAACCACUCACUACACUACCCAAAAAAAAAAAAAUCAAAGCCAUUGCCGUCGAAUGGA